AUGGCUUUGGAUAAUAAUUGGAUUGUAGAUACUGUUGGUGAUUUUAUUCAUUCACCAAUAUGGGCUGCACCUAUUCAAACAUUUAUUGAAGCAAAUUGUGUUACUUUUGACUAUGAUGAUAAUGAUGAUGAUACAGAUGAAGAUGGUACAGGACUAUCAUUAGCAGACGAACAAAGAACUAUUUAUCAGCAAUAUAUACGUCUUGUUGAUUCAUUAAUUAAUGGUCUUGGUAAAGAUCUUAGUUUAGAUGAAAAUGAACUAAUACGAGCAUGUCAAAUACCUGUACCUCUUGAUGAUUCAGUACUUGCUGACGAAUCCUAUGAACAAUUAUAUUCUGCAAAAGAUUUUCAAUUAUUUCAAGAUAUGAUGAAGAGAAAAAAUUUAAUUCUUCAAUUACAAGCACUUGUUAGUUUACAAUUACAAUGGGGUUUGCUGAGACAUGGUGAUAGUAGAGAUGAUCUCAUUCUUUCACUCUUAAUGCAAGCAACAUCAUCAUCAUCAAGACGUGGAUCACUUCAUUCACCAUCGGAACCAAUUAAAGUACCGAUUAUAAAACAACAAUCAUAUGAAAAAGAAGACAAGAAGUAUCAAAAUGAUAAUAAUGAUGAUGAUGAUGACGACGACGUUGUUGUUGUACCACGAAAACCAGAACCAUCAUCAGCAUCAUCAUCAUCGCGUAAGACUAAAGAACAAACAGAACCAAGAAAACCUCCUAAAGAAGAAUAUCGUUUACCUGAUUUACGACGAAAAGGUGGCGCAGAUCUUGAUGCUGAAUGGCAUAGAGAUCUUCAACGAAAAACUUCAAAGGAAAAUAAUUAUAAUGAUUCGAUAGAAAAUGAUGAAUCAAAUAAUGCAUCUACACCUCAAACAAUUGGCGCUAUUCCUGAAAAUGUACUUCGUCAAAAAUUACGUGAUUUAACUGAACGUACAAUACCAACUGAGGAUAAUGAAACAACUGCUGCGAUGAAAGCACGACAAAAAUUUCUUAAAGAUAUACGUCAAAAAAUUGUGGAUGAAAAACGUGCUGAACGUGAAAAAGAAUUAGAACAACAAACAACGAAUGUUCGACCACAAUCGGCUGCACAUGCUGCACGUAAAGCUAUGGCUACAGCGAAUGAAACUAAACAAGAAGAACAAAAAACACAAAUAAAUGAUGAUGAAUUAAAUAAACGACGAGCAAUGAUGGCUAAACUUAAACGUGAAGUUGUAGACAAACGAUAA